AUGCCUCCGCAAAAGACCACAGACAAGAAACGUCAGAGUCGCCGAGCUGACCCAGUUGGUGUAGGGAUCCCUACCAAACCUCGACAGCGAUCCCGGAGACCAAUAGAAGCUCAGGGAUCUAGUAACGGCGACGUAAAUCAAGCGGACUCCCAGACAUCAUUAGACCCAAUUCAACAGGCUAGAUUUGACAUUAGUAACGAAAUAACGUCGCCGGACGAUAGUGUAGUAGUUGGUGCUUUGCUCAAACUUAAGAAUAAUUUACCACUAGUGCACACCAUCCCUGCUCUCGAUAACAGUUCUGCUCGGCGGAAGAAGCCAAAAAGUACAACUAUUGAUCCUAGCAAUGUACCAAACGGUAUACAUGCCCAUAAUUCAUACCAGACUAUUUUAGAUCAACAUACAACCCAAACAUCGCAACCUUCAGACUCGGAAUCAGUGGACAUUGAGAUCGACCCUUCAAUGCGGCGUAACAAAGAAUACUACAAUUCUGAAGUUAACAGUGAUAUUAAUUUAGACACUUCACAUUCUUCACAUACUUUUGGGCAUAUCGAGAAUAUUAGCACAUACGUUACCAAUGGUGCGUUAAUACCGUCGAGUUAUAAUAUGGGAAGCAACAUGUCAUAUACAAACAGUACGAAUACAUGGGGUAGCAUCAAUACAUCUGCUCCUCAUCGAUUACCCUCUCAUAAUUAUAACAUGAAUAUGAUGCCAUAUUCAGAUAGAAAGUCGGAAGAAAUAGCGAAUAAAAACCCUCAUUCUACUUUUCAUUACCCCCCUCAGACAUCUUUACCCAUAACUCCAUCGGAAAUAUCCGAUGCAGCCAGUUUAAAAUCGUACAAAAAAGUAACGAGAGGAACUCCGAAAAAAGUCGAUGCGGCUACGCAGACGUAUCGGAUAAGUCAGUGGAUAUUUGAAACCGAUGAUUACAAAAAGACAGACAAGUCGUCAGAGUUAAUUUGCAAGGCAUCAGCGUUACCUGUAAGACAAGACUCGCUAGACUACUCAUCGGAAUCUCGAAGCACGGCACAAAAGCGCAAGGCAAAGGAUAGCGAAUUUGACUUGCGCAGUGAGCAUGCAGACUUCUCAUCCGAGCAUCAGUCAAAACGUGGAAAUAAAAGGGCAAAGAACGAUAGAGAUCCUUUGAUGACCCCAGAGGAAUGGAAUGCUUUUCUACUUUCUACUGGAUUGUCAAAUUGGCCGUGGGAUAGAGAGGAUAUAUUACGUGUUGGUACAUACUUGUUUGAUGAAAUUUUCUCUCAUUCAUGGGCGGUAGAAUUUGUUAGUCCAGUUCCCGCACAAUAUGCGGUAUAUCAUAAUGUCAUAAAGAAGCCGAUGGAUCUGACCACGGCAGAAAAGAAAUUGUGGGCUGGAGAUUAUGUAUCGCUUCUUGAUCUCUAUGCAGAUUUGUGCCAAAUUUUGUAUAACGCGUGGGAUUUUCAUAGACCGUUUGCAGAAAAGUCAGAUAUAUUCACCCAUGCUAAGAAAAUGUCUUUAUUUCUCGAAGAUUUCAUAAGGUGGGAUGUUAACCAAUACAUUGAUUACUCAUAUUUGAUGUCUACACCGCAUCCCGGUAGCGAACAAACAGCCGCAAUGAAAGCACAUCUGCGAGAAGUCUUAAAAUUACCACACGAGAAACUUAAUGAGCUGUACAUAAAGUGGGGUUUCCCUGAUGUCCACAUACAUGUUGAAAGUCCAAUAUACAUUCUCUCAACUCUAAGUGCUGACGAGAACAAGUCUCCGUCUCGUGGACUAUUGAAACAUAUGCUUCGUCCGGAAGUUAAUGCAAGUUGUGGAGGGUUUAAUCCUCUGAACAGGAUAAUGAAGGAUACUGUUGCCAGGAGGAUUGAUGUGUAUGGAGACUCUAUACGCUCUAUUCAUGCGGAGGAUAGCAUACCUUCAAGACGUAUAGAUCCAACGCAAUCAAGUCGUAACUUUAUUCGACUUUACAUAUCUGGCGGUCGCGAAUCGCUUCAACGAUGUCGUGAUGAGUCUGAUGCAAUCCUUUUGAUUUUGUCGGAUAUUAAAUUCAAAUAUGAUAUACACGAGAUUACUUGUAAAGCGCUAAUCGCUAAGCCGUUUGGUGACAUACAUCAAUUGCCGACAAUUGAAUUUCCAGAACUAUUCGAUGUUCGGUACUGGAUUAAAUGUAUAAUAUUGGAUCGAAUAGACAUGACCUUAAUCAUGUCAAGUGCUUUUCAACAUCGCUGUCUGAAGAGUGCUCACAAGGUAACCUUAUAUGCCAAACAUAUGGUACAAGAACAUCCGGAAAGACAUGAUGCUUUCAUAGAUGCACUUCGAUUGACGCAACACACAGACAAUCUUACAGAAUCUCAAGGUGUUAUGGGCAGUAUUAAAUUAGAAGCGGCAGCUCUAAAUGUUCCCUUUGAGAAUUUUCAAUCAAUGGGGGGAUCGUUAAAAGUGGAGACUGAAGGAUUUUUCAAGAGAGUUUUCCAUGUUCAUGGUGACGAUAGCUAUGUUGUCCAAAACUUUAAAGAGAUUACCGAACAGACAUUUGGAGCCCGUAUCGUAGAAACCGUUUGUUGUCUUAAAACUAAAGGUGUAGAAAACACUGGACAGAUCAGAUCAAUCUAUACCGGAGCGGAGGAUGAGCUUGUUGGGUUGUCAAUGAAAAGAUAUCAAUAUACUCUUAAAGACUACGCAUUCAACAGUCGUCGUCAUUUAACAGCAGAACAGAAAUACAAACUAGUGCUUGAUAUGGUUAAAGGCGUUCGUGCAAUACAUAAUGCAGGGUUCGCUCAUAGAGAUUUGAGCGAGGUAAACAUAAUGGUCACUGAACGAACUGACCAAAAACUGCUCGAUGGAAGCAAUACACCCGAACUGGUUAUUAUUGAUUUUGGCAAGGCCGAAUUCGUAAGACCGGAAGAUGUGAUGCGUUGGAAAGUUAAAGAAAUCUCCUCAGAGACUUUAAAUCUUUUACCACUUAUUCAGACUGGCCCUGAUCAUGGAUAUCUCCUUUAUAGGUCCAUUGCUACGCUUCCUCGAACUAAAAACGAUCAAAGAAUAUUGCCAACUCCUAUAGAUCCACUGGCUGAGGAUAUAUACUCACUGGGUGUAUUAAUCUGGCGAACAUUCUCUGGCCAAGCCCCUUGGGAUGGCAUUCUUGACUCUGAUUUAAAAAGCCUUCGUGGAAUCGUCUCUGACGCGGCACAAAUUCGGUUCUAUAUUGAAAAGUCUAUACGCGGUCAGACAUCUCGGGAGUUACUUUUGCGAUGCAUCACCGUUAAACCUCAGACACGCAAUACCGCCGAAACGUUAUUUAGAUGGCUAUCACAUCUGGACGUUAAGGAGGCUAUAUUGAAAGAAUGGACAGAGCUAUGUGGGAGACCUAGAAAGGAGCGGAUUAUAUGA